AUGGCGACUGACGAGGCCGUGGCCGCAGGACUCAUCGACUGGGUCAACAGUCUUGCUGUAGCCGACCCGGUUUACACGGUAGAUGAUUUUACCAACGGCCAGAUCAUAUGGAAGGUGCUUCAGCAAAUUGACCGCUUCAGCUUCCCUGGCAAGCUUCCAGAAGACCCAAAUACGGAUCAGUGGAUACACAAAUGGACCAACUUGAAGCACAUCUAUGAUGCCUUGUCUAUCUUCCUCGUCGAGGAAUGUCGCCAGCGACUACCGUUCCCCGGCGGACGACCCGACCUCAAAGCAAUCGCGCAAUCCUCCUCCCUCAGCGACAGUGUGGCUCUCUUGAAGCUUCUGGUGGUCGCAGCCAUCAACUGUGCCGAUCGCAUCGAGUAUCUGAAACAGAUGCAAGACCUAUCCGAAUCGACCCAACAGGUUCUCAUUCAAACAGUCCAAGAAGCUGGUGAAGAUGAGGGUGGAGAAGCCGAGGAACCGAUUCCAGACGAGCUGGUUGCGACCGAGGAACUCCCUGUCUCGCCGCGUCAGUCCGGAGAGGUAGAUUCUGUGCUGGAGUCAGAGGAACGGUUGGGCAAAGUGAUAGCUGACAACCAACGAAUUGCACACGAGAAAAGGGAGUUGCAGAAGCAACUAGACGAAAGCCAUUCGCGGUACGAGAAACUGCAGGGGCGGUUCGAUCAGCUCCAAGACGAACUGAUGGAGGCAAAUGACCGACUCGCAUCUCUGCUGGCAGGGCGGUCCGACGUUUCCACCCGAGCUCUGGAUCCGAAACAUGACGCCAUCAUCGCAACCCUCGAAAACAGAGUCCUCGAGACCGAGUCCGAGGCGGAUGACCUUCGCAAAGCCAACGAGCUGCUCAAGAUCAAAGCAGAAAAGGCCCAGAAACUGCAAGAUGACUAUGAUGAAAUUAAAAUUGAGCGAGACAGACUGGCUCGCAAGGCCAACACCGCCGAGAAGUAUAGACUAAAGUUAGAGGCGAGCCAGGACUUGGAGAAGGACAACAACAAUCUUCGAACAAAAGUGACGGAACUGCAGAAUCAGUUGAAACAGUUCGAUUCUGCACGUGCAAGUUCCAGUGACUUGCAAAGAGAGAUUGACGAGUACAGGCGACUGUUGCCAAGUAUCGAACAGGAGAGAUACGAGUUGAAUGAGAUGAAGAAGAGGUUGGAAUUCGACUAUCACGCUCUUGAGGCACGGUAUCACGACACCUUAGAACAACUCUCACGACAAGAUCGGGCUGUUGAAGACCUUCAGGGACGCCUACGUGACUAUGAAGACGGAAUGCCCCCUGCGGAAACAGAGGAGAAACACCCUGAGGUCGUUGAUACAGAUUUUGCGCUGGAGGAAGCUGAGCUGCUCGAAUCGGAAGCACGCCUGACAGCGGCGCUCCUGAAUGUGGACGACAUCCCCACUCACGGUCGAGACAGCGACGAUGCAGUCGCAAACGACGAUGCUCUCUCUCCCUCUGCCACCCAACCUGACCAGGGCGCGGACAGGGAGACAAUCUCGGAGACUGAGCUGAAGGCCAUCAUGUCGGCGAUGCGUUCACAGGCCCAGGUGGGCACUGCCACGCAAAGAGAAUCUUCCCUUCGUGCGCAGAGGAAGCUUGUUGUAGCCAUCGAGCGGCAAAGAACCAAAAACAGAACGCUCCUGGAGUCGUUACAGAAGCAGGAUCUGAUGAUCACAGAGAUGCGAGAAAGGCUUCGAGAGGGGAACCGGCAUACGCAAGACGAUGCACAAUCGAUCCCACCGCCUCCACCCCCGGAAGAUGCGCCGCCAUCAUCGAUUGAGUCACAUUUGAACGGUGGAGAUUCCGAGAUUGACGUCCUUAGGGAUGAAAACACGCUUCUCCAGCGCGAACUCAAUCUCAUGGCUUCUGCGUGGUACGACCAGAACCUCCGCCUCGCGAGCGCCAGCUCCUCUACAGCUGGGCGGAAUCGCGGGUUAGGUCCCGGAGCCGAACCGCAAGGCUUCCUUGGGAGGCAGCGGCGGAAGAUCGAUGCAGCUGCUUUUGGCCGUCCAUCAUAA